UGCAGGCAUCUUUGAAGAGGUGUAAGUUAUCAUCAUUAAUACAAUUCUAUGAAACUUCUUUGGUGGAAAGAGAUAGGUCUGAAUUCUGAUUAAAGAUUAGUGAUCAUCACAACAAAUGCGAUUUAGACUUCUAUUAACAAGAAUUUUAAAAUUCAGUGACCGAUUUGAUCAUCUUCUUGCUAAUCUGUACAGCAUUUUCUUUGGUGGCAACUUUAAUCCUGUAUUUUUCAGUGUCAAUGUGGAUGUUGCUGGCAAAGCACAUUAUCGAAUGCAGUGUACUGACACAGUUGCCGAUGUUAACAGUAGCGGUUGCAGGAAACUUUUGGGUUGGAAAUAUAUUGAAGUGCCAAAGGAAGAAACCAUUUUCCUCAAAACCCGAACUUUCCUGCUGCAUUUGAACAUGCUCCUGAAGUGGAAUGGAACAAAUAUGCAAUGUGGAGAUUACAUAUGGACCGGUUGAAAAAUGCUUGAAUUGACCGCUAGGAAGACUUUCGCAAUGACUGCUGAUGGAGGACUCAUAUACAUGUACUAUCAAAUUCAUCCUUCUUUUAUUUUUGACUCUUAAAAUACGGAUUUGGUGUUUUCUCUGUUUCCUGCAAUACUCUAUACGGAGCAAGAGAGCAUAGAACUAUUAGUUGUUGUUGUUAGAACAAAAGGGAUUGUCUGGUGCAUGAUUUUUUUCCAUGGUUUAGUAUAAGCACCCAAUACUCAAUAAUGGGAGCUUUCUAUGCAUGUAUUACAAUUUCUAUCUUCUUAUGAUCUAUGAUGAAAAUAUG